UUUGUUGACCAGCUGGGUGACCAGGUGUGCAGACGCGCGCGAAGUUACGCUCACAGCGCCUGGUCACACUGCACUCACGUUCUCCACUUGCUGCGCUAAUUUCCAGAAGCCGCCCGAAGAAAAUUGGCCAAUUUCACCAGGAUGAGCGAGGAAUUCAAACUGCCCAAGCGGUCCCGCAAGCGCACCCGCGAUGUAAAGCGCAAGGCGCGUCCGGAACUGGAUGGGGAGAACGCAUGGGUUGCGAUGCGGUACUGCGAGAAUUUCGAGCCGUUCUGGGACUUCACAGACAAUCUGGAGAGGAUCGAGGAGUCCGCGGUGCCGGAGGCGGAGUUCAUCGAGCGCUUUGAGCGGCCUUACAAGCCGGUGGUCAUUCGCGGCUGCACUGACGGCUGGCUGGCGCUGGAGAAGUGGACACUGGCCCGCCUGGCCAAGAAGUACCGCAACCAGAAGUUCAAGUGCGGCGAGGACAACGAGGGCUACAGCGUCAAGAUGAAGAUGAAGUACUACGUGGAGUACAUGCAGGGCACGCGCGACGACAGCCCGCUGUACAUCUUCGAUAGCAGCUUUGGGGAGCACCACCGGCGGCGCAAGCUCCUCGAUGAUUACGUGGUGCCCAAGUACUUCCGCGACGACCUCUUCCAAUACUGCGGCGAGAACCGUCGACCGCCGUACCGCUGGUUUGUAAUGGGACCAGCUCGGUCCGGCACCGGCAUCCACAUCGACCCACUAGGCACCAGUGCCUGGAACACGCUCAUCCGCGGCCACAAGCGGUGGUGCCUGUUCCCCACCCAGACGCCGAAGGAUUUGCUGAAGGUCACCAGCGCUAUGGGUGGCAAGCAGCGCGACGAGGCCAUCACCUGGUUCAGCACGAUAUACCCCCGCACCCAGCUGCCCAGUUGGCCGGAGCAGUACCGCCCUAUCGAAGUUCUGCAGGGAGAGGGCGAGACGGUGUUCGUGCCCGGCGGCUGGUGGCACGUGGUGCUUAACCUGGACGACACCAUUGCCAUCACCCAAAACUUCAGCUCGCAGACGAACUUUCCUUGCGUCUGGCACAAGACUGUUCGUGGGCGACCCAAGUUGUCGCGAAAAUGGCUGCGAGUGCUGCGGGAGCAGCGGCCGGAGCUGGCCCAGAUCGCCGACAGUAUUAACCUAAACGAGAGCACCGGCUUUGCCUCGGACAGUUCGAGCAACUCGAGCUCCUCCUCGUCGAGCAGUUCCUCUUCGUCGUCGGAGGAAAGCGAGGAUGGCGGCGAUUCCAACACAGACAGUGGUCAAGAGAGCCUUACCGCCAAGAAAAAGAAGAAGCGGCGCAUGGCGGGCGGAGGCUCGGGUUCCGGUUCCAUGGGCGGCUCCUCGCGCUCCUGAUGCAGGGAGCGUGCCAAGCGCAAAGGCUUGCUCAUGCGCCUCUUCCAACGGCAGCUGAUGCUCCUAAGACGGUUGCCCCGCUGCCGUCGGAGUUAGCAUUGUGACCAUCCUCAUCACCAUCAACAACAUCCGCAGCCCGGCGGUUCCAGAGUUUUGUAAUAUUUUUCUACUUAGACAAGCGUGUUCGCAGCUCUUUGAUUCCGUGCUAGCCCUCAUCAAAAGCCUGCUCCCUGAUUUCAAUAGAUGCUCCAACGUGACUCAUUAGCGUAAACCCUAAUUGCAAAAUAAAUAAAUUCAAUAUAUUUGUACAAAA